CAUGACAUAACCCAUGAACCCCCACCAUAAACUAACACCGAUAAAACAACUCAAGCCGGGAGCCCAGGUACAUUGGCUGAUUCACUUAAAACUCCUCAACCGGCAGAGACCUUCACCACCCGCCUCUAAAAACCCGGAAAAUCACGCAUAUCCUGAACUAGAACCGUCCUCUUCUUCUUUCCACUCCCCCCACCUUUCUGUAAAGAAAUAGCACCAGAUAUACCUAUUCCACCAUGGCCCAGACCGAGCAGAAGGCCUGCCUGAUCGUGAUUGAUGGCUGGGGUGUUCCCGGAGCCGACUCCCCCAAAGAUGGCGACGCCAUCACCAACGCGGAGACGCCCGUCAUGGACGCCUUCGCCCAGAGCAAGACCGGAUACUGCGAGCUCGAGGCCUCGUCCCUUGCCGUUGGCCUGCCCGAGGGUCUGAUGGGCAACUCUGAGGUCGGCCACUUGAACAUUGGCGCCGGCCGCGUUGUCUGGCAAGACGUCGUCCGCAUCGACCAGACAAUCAAGGAGGGCAAAUUCGCCGAGAACGAUGUGAUCAAGAAGACUUUUGAGGGCGCCAGAGACGGCAACGGCAGACUGCACCUCUGCGGUCUCGUCUCCCACGGUGGCGUGCACGCCAAGCAGGUCCACCUCUACAACCUUCUCAAGGCGGCCAAGCAGUACGGCGUCCCCAAGGUCUACAUCCACUUCUUCGGCGAUGGUCGCGACGUGGACCCCAAGUCAGGCGCCGACUACAUGGAGGAGCUCGUUAAAACCGCCGGCGAGAUCGGCACCGGUGAGAUUGCGACUGUAGUCGGCCGUUACUACGCCAUGGACCGUGACAAGAGAUGGGAGAGGAUCCAGAUUGCUCUCGACGGUAUGAUCAACGGCAAGGGCGAGGAGAGCUCCGACCCCGUCAAGACCGUCCGGGAGCGCUACGCCCGCGGCGGCGACAAGGACAAGGACGAGUUCCUCAGCCCCAUCAUCGUCGGUGGUGACGAGCGCCGCAUCAAGGAUGACGACACCGUCUUCUUCUUCAACUACCGCUCCGACCGUGUUCGCCAGAUCACUCAGCUCCUCGGCGACGUCGACCGCUCAGUUCUUCCCGACUUCAACUACCCCAAGAUCAGAACCCUGGUCACCAUGACCCAGUACAAGGUUGACUACCCCUUCGAGGUCGCCUUCAAGCCCCAGCACAUGGGUAACGUCCUCGCCGAGUGGCUCGGCAAGCAGGGCGUCGAGCAGGUCCACAUCGCCGAGACGGAGAAGUACGCGCACGUCACCUUCUUCUUCAACGGCGGUGUUGAGAAGGUCUUCGCUCUCGAGACCCGUGACGAGAGCCAGGACCUUGUCCCCUCCAACAAGACCGUCGCCACCUACGACAAGGCCCCCGAGAUGUCGGCCGACGGCGUUGCCAACCAGGUCGCCAAGCGCCUUGGCGAGCAGAAGUUCCCCUUCGUCAUGAACAACUUUGCGCCCCCCGACAUGGUCGGCCACACUGGCGUGUACGAGGCCGCCAUCGUCGGUGUCGAGGCCACUGACAAGGCUAUCGGCAAGAUCUACGAGGCCUGCAAGAAGCAGAACUACAUUCUCUUCAUUACCGCCGACCACGGCAACGCCGAGGAGAUGAAGUUCCCCGACGGCAAGCCCAAGACCUCCCACACCACCAACAAGGUUCCCUUCAUCAUGGCCAACGCCCCCGAGGGCUGGAGCUUGAAGAAGGACGGUGGCGUUCUGGGCGACGUCGCCCCCACGGUCCUGGCCGCCAUGGGCCUGCCUCAGCCCGAGGAGAUGACCGGAACCAACUUGUUGACCAAGGCAUAAAUAAGUCCCAAUGGUUCUGGUCAAGACGAAGCUGUAGUUGCGGAGUUGUAUGUAUGUGUGUGCCUUUGGGGAGCGGGUUAUUGGUAAAAGUUGAGAGCGUGUGGCGUGUGUGGUAAAGGGUUUAUGAUUAUAAUAGACAACCUAUAGAAAAUGAGAACACACUUUGAUGACAUACCCC